AUGUUUGUGAAUUUCCCGGAGCCGCCGGUGCGGCGCGGCACCUCCGGAGAAGGUGACGGCGAAGCGCCCCACCUCUUGACCGCGGAGACCUUCUGCGCCAUCCACCGUGCGCUGCGCGUGGCGGGCACCUUGCUCGUGCACUCGGACAACGUGACUUAUCUCCGAGAAUUGGCUUUGAGCCUCUCGGGGCUUGGCUUCGAAAAUGUUGAUGUCAGCCACUCGGGACCAGUGCUGUGUGGCCAGGACAAGCUCGGAAGCUCCAUCCACGUGUGGCGCGGCAAACCAGGGCGUUCCGCCGGGGUGGUGGAUCCCGAGGCAUCCUCCUACUUCGAUCGCCUUUGGAGUCAUGGGCGCUUUACCAAGCGAUACUUCAUCUUGGUGAAGAAGGAAAAGAACCAAACGUUGGAGAGUGCUGUGCGCGGCCCACGCCGUGCCGUUCGUUCUUCGGUUUCGAACGGCUCGGCCUCUCGAGUCGUAGCAUGGUGGUUUUCACAGCCAUCUGAUGAUCAGCAUGCUCGUCCCAUGCUCGUCCCACGGCUAAACACCGAGCCAAACGCCAUGAAUGAGCUGGACGCCGCGACGAGUCGGCUUCUCAUGAAGAAGACUUGGUGUCAUGGUCAGAUCAUUGCGGCCUUCCAAGGGGUGCUGUACGGUCUUUGGGGCUUUGGAGAUGCCGCUCUCUCCAAACCUUGCCGGAUGCUUCUGAUGUCCAGUCUCAUCCUACUUCCCACCUGGAGUGGUAUGAGCUGGUGGGCCAUGCAUGGAAGGAGAGCAUGCCACGCAUGGAUCAUCUUGGGAUUUGGACUUGCACUUCUUCCUUUCUACGGCAUUGUUCUCGGCAUUGCCCUAGAAGAUGGAAGCAAUCCAUACCAGCUGGCGUUGGUGAUUCUCACUUCUUUGCAGUGCAUCGAGACAGCUGGAUAUUUGCUCGUGGUCGCGUGCUUGAAAGAGUGCCUUGUUCAAGAUGACCGUGAGGCGCAGGAUCAAUACCAGCUCCUGUGA